GAAUUUUGGAAGUCUCGAUGGGGCGGAGGGGAGGAAAGAGCCUUUGUCUUGUGAUUGGCGGGCCAGUGCGAUGAUGCUGAGCUGGAGGCGUGGCUUCACUAUGCCUCUCUGAGGAAAGCGGCUAUGGCGACAGGAGAUGGAGGCGGGGAGGAGGUGCCGAGUCGGAGAGAUGCCGGGCCGCAGCCUGGGCCUGGGCCGAGCAGUGACUUGGGGCAGAGGGAUAAGAAGAGAACAAGCAGGGAAGCUCCAGUGGAAAAAAGGGGGCCGUACAUCAUGAGCAAAGUUCCUUCAUUGCAGAAUAAGCUACAGAAACAUCGUGAGAUGGCAAAGGCGAUGCUGCGGAGGAAGGGAGGAGCGCUUUCAGGAGCUGUCCGGCACCAGCCCAAGCCAGCAGCCAAGAGGUCAGUGAAGUUCAACAAGGGCUAUGCUGCUCUCAGCCAGACCUCAGACGAAACCCUGGUGUCCCUGGAUUCUGACAGUGAUGAGGAGUUGGAAUCAAGAUGUUCUUCUGGUUAUUCCUCUGCAGAGGUCAACCAGGACCUCAGCCGCCAGCUGCUGCAGGAUGGGUAUCGCCUCGAUGAGAUCCCAGAUGAUGAGGACCUUGACCUCAUUCCUCCCAAGCCUGUGUCGUCCUCGCCUUGUCCCUGUUGUUUUGGGGAGUCUGCCUCCUGCUCCAUCCAGUAAGCCGUGGCCUGAGGGGUGGGCCUGCACUUCACAGGUCAAGAAACCAGCACUUUCCCCCUUACUUUUGGAUGCCUGGCGGCAGAGUUCAGCAUCAAGCCUUGGGUCAAACCAGCGGGGCGGGGGAGGAAGGGUGCGUUGGCGACCAGAAGAGCAGGACAUACCAUUGCACUGUUGGCACUUGCUUGGGAGCACCAAGCCUUUUUUCGAAGCUAUUUCCUGUGGUGCAAUAUAGAACUGUUAGGUGCAAAUACUCAGAAGGCUUACAGCCAGCGGGUUACCUUGCCUAGGAUUGCCUUUGUGGAAAAAUGCUGCACAGCAGAUGGGAGAAGAGGCUGGAAUGAGAGCUCUUCUCCGUAAAGGCAAACUGCCAAACUUUUUCCUUUUUUUGGUGAAAGAGAAUGAAUAAUGGAUUAAGGCAAGGUAAAACUCUAGUUUACGAAAAUCUUGGGAUUGCAGAAAACAGCCAAACACUACAUAGGGUCAAAGCAAGGUCUUCCCAGCUUGCUCAGUGGAUCCUUCACUGGACUUCAGUGCUUGGACUGCCACCUCCAUGGGUGGUGAAGGCCUUGCAGAGAUGGAUGAAGAUGUCUUAGUGCAGACUUCCUCGGACAGAGAAGCUCCCCUCACAAGCUGCGUGGGUGGAGCAGCUCAUGCCUCUGGCUCGGAGUCUCUUGGAUGCCUGGCUAGCCAUCUGAUGGCUUUGGCAUCCGAAAGCAUAUUGCUCAUACCCUGUUCCCUCGAGGGGCUUUCGAAGCCCUCCUGCGGCAUAAUCUCAGAUUGGCCCUCAGCAUCCUAGUCUCAGCCUCAAGAAAGAGAGACCUACCAAACCUUUUUUUUUGAGGGGGGGGAGAUGUAGUUCUCCCCACCACACACACACACACACAGAUGGAGGAGAGGGUCACUCUUCCUGUCUUGGAGGCUGAGCUUCUGACAAAAUGGCCCAUGAAACUGACAUUCCCCUGGGAGGCUGCAAAAGGUCAUGGUUGGCUUAGGUCAUUGUUGCAGCAGUUUGCUCUGAUGGGGGAGUUCGCACUGAUUCAGAGAAGCUUGUUUCCUUUUCCCUACCCUUUUCGGAAGUGAAAUGGAGGCCAAGCAGAGAAGGAGAGGGUAGGCUUUUGGCUUCCAUGGCCUUAUUUUUAUCGUUGCCUGCCUUGGUGUGGUCAGGUAUCUAGACCAGGUAUCUAGACCAGUGGUGCCUCCUAGUGUCUGUGGACAUGCUAGUUCAGUCCUAGUGGACAUGCUAGUUCAGUGCUGGAGAACCUGCGGGCCCUCCAAAUGUUGUUGCUGGACUACAACUCUGAUCAUCCAGGACCAUUGGCCAUGGUGGCUGAGGCUGAUGAGAGCCUCAACCAGGUUGAGGAAGGCUGAUCUGGAGGGCCACAGAUUUCCUAUCCCUGCUUUCGUUUCUGACUUAAUUUGCAUAGAAAUACGAAGCCUCACUUUGCAUUCGGGCCUCUAAAAGCUGCAGGAAACAAGGGAUGUUUUCCCCAUUGAUUUCAAGCAGCUUGUAAGGGUCAUUUUGAUUGUGUUUCCAUGUAUGCUAAAUGAUAGUUUGGUAGCAAGAGCUGAGAUCCAUCCCUUCUGAGCCACGAGCACCAGUCGUGGCUCGCUUUAUGUAGCAACUGUAGAGAACGGGAAAGGAAGGAAUUGUCACCAUUGUGUGUGGGUUCUUCAUGGUGGGUGCUGCUUUGUGUGUGGGGGGCCCUGUUAGCAUGUACGAUUGAGGCAAGGGGAAGUAGCUAGCAAUUAUCUUCUUCAGUAUGGUGCCCUCCAGAGGUUGUGGACUACAGGUCCCCAUCAGCCCCAGCCAGUGUGACCUAAUGGUUAGGCAUGAAGGGAGCUGUAGUCCAGCAGCACCUGGUUGGGGAAAGCUGAUGUACCCCGUAUAAUAAUUGGGCAGUCCCACUGAGCUUGAAUUUUGGGUGGAAAGAAUAAGUCAAUAUGAAUGGAACAGUCUUUGGUGCAUCAGUCUUCAGGGACCACAGCUGGAUAUUACAUCUGCAGUCUAAGUAGCAUUACAGUUUUAAUAACAAGAGGCCCACAGGUCUCUGACUGCACUAAUGCAACUUGAGCACGAUACCACCGCACUGUUGUCCUCUGCAUCUCAUUACUAUAAAUAGCCAAAAGUGGCCGCUGCUUAUAUUUUCCUCUCUGGAAACUGUUACCGGUAGGCAUGAAGUUCCUGGAAUAUAGGCCUUGCCCUUCUGGCUUCUUUGCAGACUUGAUCCUAAAUUGGAAUCCUCUGUGCUCUCCGAUGCAACUCCGGAAGCUGUUUCCAGUUGAACGUGUGUGCUUUGCUAUAAUUAUUGUUUAUCAAAGGAGAGGACACCAUAGCACAGACCAAUGUUUGUCAACUGGGGAAUAUUGUUCACAAGUGGAAGCCAAGUAAACUUUGCCCUUUCCAGUCCAUCAGUAAAAAGUAAACUUGUGCACAUGCAUUUAUGACAAGUUGGUUGCUGGUGCAGCCACUGGAUUAUGCAUGCAACCUCUCCCCCCCUCCGUUGCCUUUAAUUUUCUGUAUUUAUUUGACUGCUGCCUACAGCGUACUUUGCCUGGGACAUCUUAGAGACAAUUUCUCAGUGGUAAAAGAUAGAGGUCCCUGGACAAGCUUGAUGUAUUCAUUUUAUAUUAGUUGCAAUAAGCUUUAAUGGUUUGCAGCGUUCAAUGAGAUUGGCAGGAGAGAAGCUAGACACUAGUAGGACCAGUGGAGAUAAAAACUGCUAGCUCUCUGCUGCAAAGUAAGCCCUGAAGGCUUGGAGAAGGGGUGUUCAUGUGUACAUGGGGAUUUUAAGGUAGAGAAAGGAGUUCAGUGACUCUGCCCAGUAAAGGGUUUAAAAAGCUGCCUUAAAAUACUGAAAUGCAUUAUAUGAAAUGCAAUUGAAAAACAAACCCUGAAAUGCGCAGAGGACAAUCUUAUUGGAUAUUAAUAUUAUUGAAUAUAUAUAGAGAGAGAACUAUCUAGCAAAUAGUUUUAUAAAUACUGAGCAAGAGAAGUGUCUGUCAAUAAAACUCUACCUUGUACUACACAA